GCAUGGGUUCCCUUCUCUCUCUCUCUUUGUCCGGAUCCAUCUCUCUCGCUCUCAUCUUCCGAAGGGAAAGAAACCCUCGUGAACGUGAAAGCUCAUGUGAAUGCCAGUGAGAUCCGCUCUAAAAGAGCAGUGCAACGGAUAGAAAGGUAUCCGUCGUUUUUCAAUUUAACUCAGCUCACUGUCACCUUCAGUGCUCUGAAUUUUUUCAUCCGUCCCCUUCUCUACCCUUCUUCUACUCUCCAAAUCUCUGCUCAAGCGACGCUUUUUCAUCUCUGAGAGAGAGAGAGAGAGAGAGAGGGAGAGGGAGGGAGAAAGAGAUCUAUAAACCAUUCUCUGUUGCUUGCUUUCGGGAUGAGAAUAGAAUCCAUUGGUUAUAGCAGAGCUUCCGAUGCGAGAUCAAAGAAGAUUGCUGUUUUCUGGUAUAACCAACGGCGGCGAUUUUCCAUAGAGUAAGAGUUUCGAGUCUACAGAUUUAUUCCAGUUGAUGUUUGUCCUUUCCGUUGCAAGAAACGAAGCUUUUUGACUUGUUUUUAUCGUGUUGAGAUUUGAUUCGGUGAUUGAUUUUUGGUGAAGAGUGGGGGUUGAGUUCGUGUUUUUCAGUUGGAGAUUAGAUGGCUGCUCUUUCUCUCUGAUUUCGUCUCGGAGAGGGAUUGUAAUUGGAUGGUUGUGGGGAAUGGUUUUGGUGUUGAUUGCAUCAGUGUUGUUGUUUGGAUGGAAUGAAUUUCUUAAUAUGGUUCGGUUCCGUUACGGUCGAAGGUGGUUGUGGCAUUUUGGUGGAAGCCCAAAAUGCUUGAAUAUUCUUUCUGCGGUUGUUUCCACUCACCGCCAUUUCUGCCGUGGGGCCCAUUUCGGUUCUGAUCAUGACCAGACCUGUCCGCGGUAGCUUUCUCAAAGAUGAGAAUGGGGCCAUCAGCGAUCACCUCCGCAACCAUGUGCAUUUGACGAAUUGCAUCCACUUGAAAAACCACAUGCAUCGGCAAAGCCCCAUCUUGGCCGAGCGGUCUCUGAUGAGAGACCUCAUUGUCCUGCAGAGGUCGAGGUCGCUCAGAGACCCAUCCACUAGCCCGCCUUCGUGGCACUCUCCUUCUGUCAUUGAUUCCUUGGCUAGGAAACUGGAGGAGGAGGCCGGUUUUCACCGGGGGCGGAGGUCUGUAGGGGGAGAGCGUCGGAGGGAAGUUGGGAGAUUGUCGGGAAGCUCCCCCCCUGUUGCUAGUCUAGUGACAUCAAAGGGCGCAGCCGCAGAAGUAAUCAGAGCGAGUGAGGGCGGAGUGGGUUUUAGCGACCGUAGUAGCACACAUCAAGUUAGGAAUGCUAGAAGAAGUAAAGGAGAGGAAUCCAGCAGGAGAAAUCGCAAAAGUGAUGUUUCAGGCAGAAGUGAGAGGCCUAUACGAGAUGGUCAGGAUUCGGGAGGGGCCCAUGCCUCAGUUUCUCGGAAGGUGGAACCGAAAGAUAAAAGGAUUUCUCUGAAAGGGGAUGAUCAUGGUUCAAAUGUUUAUCUUAAGACCCUCUCUGAGCAAUUGAAAGAACGUACAGCAGACAGUGAGGAUGUAGAGUCUUCCCGCAGUCGGCGCCAUGGAAGGCGUGUGAGUGUGGAGAAAAUUAGCGAGGAACCAGAAGCAAGCAUCCGUGGGUAUUGCAAUGGAUUGAAUAGGGGGAAGAGACGCAAGUUCAGAAGCACAAGGAGAGCUCGGGUUUCUAUUGGUUCGAGGGAUAUUGGAGCUCCCAAUGAAUUGUCAGUGGCUUCAAACUCAUUAGCCCCAGGUACUUCAACACGCCCAAAAUAUUAUAUAGAGGAAGGAGAGGAUGAUGAUGCUGAGCUUGAGGUCACGCGAGCUCCACGAAAUGGGUGUGGGAUUCCUUGGAAUUGGUCAAGGAUUCACCACAGAGGUAAAACAUUUCUGGACAUGGCUGGAAGGAGUUUUUCUUGUGGGCUAUCUGAAUCGAGAUUAAGGAAAGCAGCAGGCCCACUUCCACAUGGCCAAAGAGAUGAUUCAGAUAUUGCUGUGGUGGCAUCUGAUCACUCGAGUUCAUCCCCGAGAUCUGAUUCUGAGGCGCUUCCUCUACUAAUCGAGCCAUCAGGUUCACAGGAUAGCACAGAAAAUGCUGUUUGGGCACGCGAGUAUUCAGGGGAGCUUGGUAUAUUCGCCAAUCACAGUUUGAGGCACGAUCGAGAUUCUGAUCUUGCUUCUGAAGCAAGAUCGGGUGAUCGGCGCAACCCUAGAGGACGCCGCCGUGGUAGACACAAAAGUCUGACUCAGAAGUACAUGCCGAAAACCUUCAAGGAUCUGAUAGGGCAGAACUUGGUGGUACAAGCUCUUUCAAAUGCUGUUGUAAGAAGGAAAGUUGGGCUUCUUUAUAUCUUUUACGGUCCUCAUGGCACAGGGAAGACCUCAUGCGCUCGCAUAUUUGCCAGAGCUCUAAACUGCCAAUCUCCAGAGCAUCCCAAGCCCUGUGGCAUUUGUAAUUCAUGCAUUGCACAUGACCUGGGUAAGAGCCGAAAUGUGCUGGAAGUGAGCCCUGUUGGUAAUUUUGACUUUGAGAGUAUGAUUGAUCUUCUUGACAACAUGAAGAUAUCUCAAUUGCCAUCUCAGUAUAGAGUGUUCAUUGUCGAUGAUUGCGAUACUUUACCCCCUGAUUCCUGGAGUGCCAUCUCGAAGGUCAUUGACCUAGCACCCCGACGUGUGGUUUUUGUCCUUGUCAGUACGAGUCUUGAUCAUUUGCCUCAUAUAAUCGUAUCCAGGUGUCAGAAGUUCUUUUUCCCGAAAUUGAAGGAUGCAGAUAUCAUCUAUACUUUGCAAUGGAUUGCAACCAAGGAAGAUCUAGAAAUUGAUAAAGAUGCACUGAAACUUAUAGCAUCACGGUCAGAUGGGUCAUUGAGGGAUGCUGAGAUGACCCUCGACCAACUGAAUUUGCUUGGGCAGAGAAUCUCAGUUCCACUGGUUCAGGAGCUUGUUGGGUUGAUCUCUGAUGAAAAAUUGGUGGAUCUUCUUGAUUUGGCAUUAUCCGCGGACACCGUCAACACUGUAAAGAAUUUAAGAGAGAUAAUGGAAGCUGGAGUGGAGCCUCUGGCAUUGAUGUCACAGCUUGCGACUAUAAUAACUGAUAUUCUUGCUGGUAGUUAUGUAUUCACCAGAGAAAGACUACGAAGAAAGUUUUUCCGCCGACCAACAUUAUCCAAAGAAGAUAUGGAAAAAUUGCGUCAGGCUCUCAAAACAUUAUCAGAAGCUGAAAAACAGUUGAGAAUGUCAAAUGACAGGCUAACUUGGCUGACAGCUGCACUGCUUCAACUUGCUCCGGAUCAGCAAUACAUGUUGCCAAGUUCUUCGACAGAUACUAGUUUUAAUCAUAGUCCCAUGGUCCUAAACACCAGCAAGAGAGACAAUGUUGAACAGGCUGAGAUGCCCGACAGUGGAACCGCCAAUGAUGUUGUCGUGCACAGCAACUAUAUUGGAGGAAGGAAACAUUCUGUGGUGACUCAAGGAACAUCUGCAUUGUCUACUGAUGUAACUAGAGCAAGUGGGGGGCAGAUUCCUGGUAAAGGUCGUAAGGAAAUUGAAGAAAUUUGGUUGGCAGUGCUUGAGAAGAUUCAGAUAAAUCCACUAAAGCAGUUUAUGCAUGAAGAAGGAAAGCUGGUUUCGGUCAGUUUUGGUGCAGCUCCAACUGCGCAGUUGAUGUUCAACUCGCAUGUGAAUAAAUCCAAGGCAGAGAAGUUCAGAGGAUACAUUUUACAAGCAUUUGAAUCUGUUCUUGGUUCUCCAGUAACUAUUGAAAUCAGAUGUGAAUCCAGGAAGGACACAAAAGCAGAAGUUCCACUCACCUUACCAGCUUCUGAGAAUGGCACUACUCAGAUGAGUACCAUUGACAGGGUAAUGAAAACUAGUUCUGAUAAUCAUAUUAAAAUACUUCCAAAAGAUAGAUCCGCCAGAGGGGUUGGUUCUAUUCAAGGUAGACAUUUGAAUUCUGACUCCCAUGAAACUGCAAAGAGUGAAAUUGUUGAAAUAGGAGCGGCUCUGCAGGAACAUGAUCGCAGUGAAAAUGUGAUUAACAUUCCACAGCGUGAGGAAAAAGGUAUGGAAAGUGUUUGGGUAGAAGAAGCAGCAUCUUCCCAUCAGCUUACCUUGGGUUCUCAAACAGAAGGAAGGAAAGUUGGAGAACAACCACAGAGACAAAGCUUGGUGAGAGGCAAAGUAUCCCUUGCACAUGUAAUUCAGCAGGCAGAAGGGCGUACACAACGAAGUGGAUGGUCUAGACGCAAAGCAAUUUCUAUAGCAGAAAAACUUGAGCAAGAGAAUUUGAGAUUAGAACCCAGAUCAAGAAGCUUGCUUUGCUGGAAAGCUUCUAGAAUACCUCGGGGGAAGCUCCCACAUUUGAGAUUCAAGACAAGGAGACCGCGUUCUCUGCUGAAGCUCGUCUCAUGUGGAAGAUGUCUUUCUGCCAACUCUUCAAGGUAAUCUCUGUAGAAUUAUAUUAGAUAAAUCAUAUCUGUACAAGACUUGUCUGCUCCAUUGCGGUUGUAUUCUGUAAUUCAUGUUCAUGCUGUUAACGAAGUUAGUUGUAGAAAUCUGGUCAAUUUUAAUAAUGGAAAUUGGUGCCAUGACCAGAAUAUACGGGAAUGAGAAAUGAAAGCUUGUACUCUUUGUCAAGGAAACUCCCAUUUUCGCCCAUUCUUUUUAAGUCUUGUAUAGAAUUUGCUCAGAAAGACCAUGGAAGUAACUGUCAGUUACUGUA